AUGGGUAUCAUGGGAUCCCUACUCCCGCCGGCGAGCUUAAUGACCUCACUGCAGCCUCCUCGGAUCUUCCUCUUUUCUCCUGCAAUCAGAACGACGGCCAUUCUCGUAGCUUCCAGUUUAUCAUUCUCCCAGUCUCGAUAUGCCCUGGUUGAUCUACUCUGCUCCCUGAAACCUCACCGCCAACGCUUCCAACUCUCCGUUUCCGCCAUCCCGGAAGAAGAAGGCUCAGACACCCUAAUUCAAGACCUUCAAGUACCUGAAGCUUGGCUGGUCCCUUCCAAAGCCCAAGAGGAAUCAGAGUGGCUUAGAAUAACUCUCCAUAAAUGGCUGGAUGAUGAGUACUGCCCUGAGCCAACCAAUUUUGAAAUCAGCAAGAUUGCUGCACAAUCAUACUAUGAAUCUCUAAUAUCGAAGGAGACCGAUCUGGGUGAGAUUCUACUCAAAAUGGUGAGACAAUUGGAGACUAUAUCAUUCCAGCAAAGCUUCCAUGGACCUUUCUCAUCAGCAAAUGCCGCAAUUCAUUUAAUUACUUAGCGGAUAGAUUCUACAGUAGAGCAAUAA